AUGUACAUAUACGAAUUACCUUUUGAUAUAAAUAAGGAGUUGUGUAGAUUGCUGGAUAAUGAUGAUGAUUGGAAGGAUCUUGCCGGUAUACAUAUGAAAUAUUCAGCUUUUGAAGUUAAUGAAAUAGAACAAAUGGCAAAGCGUCAGGCAUCCUCCCCAACUAAUCAGCUUUUUACAAGAUGGGGUCAAUUAAACCAUAGAGUGGAAGAAUUAUUUAUUCUAUUAUAUAGAAUGAAACAUAUACCUGCUUUGCGUUGCCUGGUGCCUGUUGUUGAUGGGAGGUUCCAUAGAUUACUUCAUAAACAUGAUAGCAAGAGUAUUAGGGACCGAAGUACUUUAGAUGUCAAUGAAAACAGACAGAUGACACAGAAAAUAGAGGGCAGUGAAUCAUCCUUACCAGUCAUGCUGUUUGAAAAGCAUGGCCAAUUUCCAACACCAAACCGAGUCUUCGAUGUACCUUCGCCAAAUCCACAAACUACAGACGACUCUAAUACCGAUUCAACAAAGAAUUCGGGAGCUCAAAGUCAAGAUGGGAGCUUAGGGGAUGAAUUCCUUAAGAGCAUAUCAGCUAUACCAAUGCUCAGCUAUGAAGACUUAAGGACUGCAACCAAUAAUUGGAGCGAGGCCAAUUUACUAGGCAGAGGCGGUUUUGGACAAGUAUUUAAAGGCGAAUGGAAACUAUUACCGCUCGCUGUGAAACGACUAAAGGACAACGAUGAUAAAAACAAGGAAUUAAUUAGAGAGAUGUGUUUGAAUCAGUAUAGACAUGAUAAUAUAUUGCCCUUAUAUGGAUACAGCUUGGGAGGCCCGGAAGCAUGUCUGGUAUACCAAUUAAUGGCGGGUGGAUCUUUGGAACAGAGAUUGAGAGGGAAGACAUUACACCGGCCACUUUCAUGGGGACAACGGUACAGAAUAGCUCACGGAGUUGCCAGAGGACUCCAAUACCUGCACACGAUGGCUGGUACGCCAUUAAUACAUGGAGAUAUUAAACCAGCUAACAUCCUACUGGACCAGUGCUCUAUACCCAAAAUCGGAGACUUCGGCCUUGCAAGGAAGGGGCCGUAUGGAGAGGAUCGGACACAUUUGAAAGUCUCUAGAGUCCACGGUACUCGUCCCUACUUACCAGACGAGUACCUACGGUCCCGGGUUCUAUCUCCUGCGGUAGACGUGUUCAGCUAUGGAGUUGUGAUGCUGGAAAUGGCGACGGCCCUUCCGGUCCUCGACAGGACCAGGAAGGUUCUUCUGCUGAGUGAUUUCAUGCAUCAGCAGGCCCGGGAAAACGUGCCUUUUUCCAUAUUAGAAGAUCGUAUUCUCAGAGGGACUCCGAACUCAAAUCCCUUGCUAUGUUCAGCCUUUAUAGAUGUCGGUUUACACUGUACUAGACUAGUCCGACACGAAAGGCCCUCAAUGUUGGACGUUUAUAAAAGACUUGACGCCAUAGAAUUUCCAGAUAAACAUUAUGCCUAG